AUGGUGUUUAUAGCUAUCACUACGGCACUUGGAACGAACAUAACAAAUGGUACAACAACCUUGGGAACACUAACAGCGAAGCAAUUACCGAAAUUCCUUUCCAGCGAUCCGGCCAACACGGAGCCACCAUGGGGUAGCAACUAUUCAGCGCAGAACUCGGAUGGCUACCUUAACGCACCAGAUACUGGCGUGGUGAGAAGAUACGAUCUGACGAUCACCAGAGGGACCAUAGCGCCUGACGGCUUUGAGAGACAAUCUUUACUCAUCAAUAACGCUUUUCCAGGACCACUGAUCGAGGCCAACUGGGGAGAUACCAUUCAAGUCACAGUAAACAACAAGAUUACUGGUCCAGAGGAGGGGACUACCAUGCACUGGCAUGGCUUCCUCCAUCCGGAUUCUGAGUGGGAGGACGGCGUGCCAGGCAUCUCUCAAUGUCCAAUCCCACCUGGCGAUAGUUUUACCUACAGCUUCAAAGCGACGCCUCACGGGACGACUUGGUACCACUCUCAUUUUUCUGCGCAAUACUUAGAAGGACUGUGGGGACCGCUGGUGAUAUAUGGCCCAGAGACUGCGUCGUACGACAUUGACCUUGGACCUGUAGCAAUAAGCGACUACUUCCACCGAGGCUACUUCGACAUUCUCACGGACGUCAUGGGCACUGAUCUCCUCAAAGUUCGCCCCGCUUCAGACAACAAUCUCAUCAAUGGGAAGAUGAAUUACGACUGCAGCAAGAGUACUUUGCCUGGCUCCUGCACGGAUAAUGCAGGCAUUUCAAAGUUUGCCUUCGCGAGCGGAAAGCAGCACCGUCUGCGACUUAUCAAUACAGGCAUCCAAGCCAUGCAGAAAUUCAGCAUCGAUCAUCAUAACAUGACUGUUAUCGCCAAUGAUUUCGUGCAAGUUGAACCUUACGUCACAAACAUUGUAACGCUUGCAGUAGGCCAGCGCACCGAUGUCAUAGUCUCUGCCAACGGCAAUCCCAACGGAACGUACUUCAUGCGCGCCAACAUCACGUCCGGACAAUGUACCGAGCCCACAGACCAAUCUCUCGCCUUGGCAGCCAUAUACUACGAACAUGCCGACACCUCCUUGACGCCUACAGCCUCAGAUUCCGACACGCAGCUCGACACAACCGAUCCCUGUACAAACAGCGAUCUCUCGAUUGCCGUUCCCGCGUAUCGAAUUCCUGCGCUUGAGCCCUCAACAACCCUCCACAUGGAAGUGAACGUCACCGUCAACUCAACCGGCCAUCUGAUCUGGACAGUGAACGACAGCGCCUUCAGAACAAGCUACAACGAUCCACUUCUUCUCCUCGCUAAUCAGGGCAACACAUCCUACCCGUACGACCCACAGUGGAACGUCUACGACGUAGGCACCAACGAAACAAUCAGGGCCAUCAUCCGUAAUCUCUCCCCAACAAGCCAUCCGUGGCAUUUGCACGGGCACGAGAUGCAAGUACUAAGCUCAGGAGAUGGAGACUGGGAUGGGAGCAUCGUCAAUGAAGCGAACCCACAACGAAGGGACACGCAAGUACUGCCUGCUAAUGGACAUAUUGUAGUGCAGUGGAACAGCGACAACCCUGGUGUCUGGCCGUUCCAUUGCCACAUAGGGUGGCAUCUUUCUGGUGGCCUAUACACAAAUAUUCUGGAGCAAGAGAAGAAGAUCAGGGCGCAGAAGAUCCCACAGGCCUCUUUUGAUAAUUGUAAGACUUGGGAUGCUUAUACUGUGCGGGCGGUUAUUGAUCAGAUUGAUGCUGGGCUGUAA